AUGGAUGCCUCCAAGUGGUUCGAGUGGACGACUUUUGACAUUAUUGGAGAUCUUGCCUUUGGCGAACCUUUUGGAUGUCUUCAAAACUCCGCCUCGCAUCCGUGGGUAGAAAGCUUCUUCGCGUCGAUGAAGAUCAUCCCUUGGAUUCAAGCCAUCAGUGACUUCCCUCUCUUCUCCGUGCUGAAUCCUCUUUACUUCCUCCUCUUGAUCCCCAAGGAUGUGCUGAAGAAGCGGCAUCUAAGCCAGGUUAUGGCUGAGGAGAACCUCAAGAAACGGCUCGCCAUAGGAGGGGACCGACCAGACUUUGAUCAAGCGUUGGUUAAAAGCGGCGAGAAGCACGAAAUGUCCCCGAUCGAGAUGAGGGACAACAUGAUCCUCCUCACCACAGCUGGCUCCGAGACAACCGCGACGACCCUCGCAGCAACGACAUACUUCCUCGGCAACCACCCCGAGGUCCUCGCAAAGCUGAACGCCGAAGUCCGCUCAGCAUUCAAGAGCGAGCAGGACAUUGAUGUCAACAGCGUCCAGAGCCUCCCUUACAUGCUCGCUAUUCUUAAGGAGUCUAUGCGGGUUUAUCCUGCUGUCGCCAUUGCCUUGUUGCGUCAGACGCCUCCGAGCGGCGCACAGAUUGCCGGUGACUGGACGACUGUAGGUAUCUGGCAGUAUGCCGCGUAUCACGAUCCGUCCAAGUUUCUUCAUCCGGAUUCGUUUAUCCCCGAGCGAUGGCUGGAUGACAAGCGUUUCGAUGACGAUCAGAAGAACUUGCAUCAGCCGUUUUCUUACGGCCCGCGGAACUGCCUGGGCAUGAACCUUGCGUUUGCUGAGAUGAGAUUGAUUCUUGCCCGCAUCAUCUGGAACUUCGACCUGGAAUUGGCGCCAGAGAGUAAAUCUUGGGCCGAAAGUCAAAAAGUUUUCUUCUUCUGGGACAAGCCUCCCUUGUGGGUGUACUUCAAACCCGCAAAGAUUGAUGAACUAGCUGGUAGCUUCGAUCGAAACAUCACACGGUGAUCAAAUAAGUGUCAGACGCAAGGGAUGGGGUUCAUGAACAAUGCCGACAUAGAUGACAGUAGAUUCAGGAAGAGUGUGGUAUUGUAUUCCAGAUGGAUCAUCUCCGCGCUUCAAGUAUGCGCGGGGCAAACCUUGAGUCUGCGUUAAAAGUGAAGCUUUUCCUGCGGGAGGCCGACAAGAGAAGCAUUCCAGUGACGUACACCACUUUCCCGGGCCUGAGAUAAUUGCGUCAACGGAAGAAUUUGGCAUUAAAUAUCUUCUGUAUAUCACGUACUUGGU